AUGCUAUCCUGUCAACAGUUCUACGACGUCGUCGUCAUCGACGAGAUCCAGAUGAUCGGCGACCACUUCCGCGGCGAUGCUUGGACUCAGGCUGUCCUCGGCGUCCAAGCCAAGGAACUCCAUCUCUGCGGAGAGGAGAGCGUCGUAGGCCUGAUCGAAAGCUUGGCUAACUCGUGUCAGGACGAGUUCAUCUUGCACCGUUACCAACGUCUCACCCCGCUCAAGGUGGCCGAUUCGAGCCUCAAGGGCGAUCUCUCUAAGGUCCAAAGAGGCGACUGUCUCGUCACCUUCAGUCGCAAUAAUAUCUAUGCUCUCAAGAAGGCUAUCCAAUCGGCCACUGACCUUCGAGUCGGAAUGGCCUACGGUGGUCUGCCGCCCGAAGUCAGAGAGAGAGAGGCGCAGAUGUUCAACCUGGGCAGUCAGGUGGAAGGAGAAGGUGGAUAUGAUGUCCUGGUCGGGAGUGAUGCGAUCGGAAUGGGUCUCAAUCUCAAGAUCAAGCGGGUGAUCUUCCAAUCCCUGCAUAAAUUCGACGGUCGCAAUGAAGUUGCAUUGAGCACUUCACAGAUCAAGCUGAUAGGCGGCCGAGCGGGACGGUUUGGGAUAUUGCCCAAGAAUGUGGGCCCGGGGGAGUCAGGAGAGAGUCGGGAAGAAGGGAGCACGGUCGGGAGACGUGUUGACGAUGAACGAGACGGAUAUGAGUCUCUUACGCCGAUCGAUGGCGCGCCGUUUGAGAAGAUUGAACGGGCGGUGUUGAAGGCACCGUUCACGACGGUCGAAGGCCUGGCACGCCGGGCGCUCCCGGGGUCCCUGACCCUCACCCGGCCAGAAUACGCGAUCGGAGACGAGAAGAACUCGGGCUCGAUCGCCGACGCGCUCCAACACAUCCUGCCCCUCAGUCUCUCCGAACGUGACCUCUUCUGCUCGGCCCCCGCCAGCGCUAGAAGUCCUGUGGCCAUCUCCGCCCUCCAACAAUGGGCUAACGCACAUGCGCUUCGUCGGCAGGUCGAUUUCUUGGCCUGGUUACGUCACGAAAACGUCGAACAAACCAUCGGUUCCAUCGAAUCAUCUAUCAACUCUUCUUCUUCCUCUUCUUCUUCCUCCGCAACAACAACGACAACAAAUCACCCAAAACAAAACUUGAUAAAAUUGGAACGGCUUCAUAAUGAAAACUUGCUCAGAUUGGAAUCGAUCCAUAAAUGUCUGGUUCUGUAUCUUUGGCUGGCCUUCCGACUUCCUGAAAGCUUUGUGGAUUUCGAACGCUGUCAGGAACUCAAGUUACGGACUGAGACCGUGCUCGGAAUCGGACUCAAUUCGAUCUAA